CAGGAGGCCACAGGCAGAGACCCAGGCACCUCUGAAGAGAAAGAGCGACCGACGGCCAUGAGAUAGCGCGGAAAGGUCACGCUCAGACGAGCAGAGAGCAAAGAGGAGGCCCGUAUCCUAUUCAUUCAUCGCAUUUGCCCUCCUGUGUGCUGUACUGUCAGGUCGGCGCGUCAUUCAUUCAUCUCUCGGCUUGAUGGCGUCUGGCGACUAUGGCGUCAUGGUGUGGUGGUCUUCAGGCAUUGCGUGAAGCUGCCGUGAGCACAGCGAGCAGCACCAUGCGCGGCACCAAACCAUGCGCCACAGGUGGGCUUACUGACCGCGCCUCCCUUGUGAGGGGGAGAGGGGUUCUGCGUGUGGUGUGGUGUGUGUGUUGGCCAGGUGGUGGUGGAUAUAGCACUGUAUUCGGAUUCAUCAACCAGAGCGAGCAGUCGGUGAGCACUGUGAGGAGCAGGCAUGUAUUCCCCUUCUGCUCAUCACAGCCGUGUGUAUUCCUCCUCUUCAGAGGUUCUGUGAGGUGUUUGGGAGGCUGCUGGCCUUGCAUGAGCAAUUUGUUGUGAUGCAGACGCAGGUGAGAGCCAUGCACGCUGACACUGAGAUGGCGGGGGGCGGUGUGAGAUUUUUGUUGUGUGUGCGGUGCGCAGAUGGGCGACCUGGUCAGAUUCUUAGCUGCGAAGGUCAGUGAUGCCUCCCUCCCUCCCUGCUUCCGUUUGACUUCGUGUGGUCUGUGCACUGGGUGCUGGGCUCGGUGCGUGAGAGGCGUCUGGCGAUGAUGGAGGCUGCCGUGUCAGACGUAUCCGAUGCACUCGACCCCCUCAAGGACCGACUCAGACGACUGAAUGGAGUGGCAUUGGUACGCACACACUCAUGCAUCCAUCCAUCCCUUGGGAAGGCAUGUGCGGAGCUUUCCCUGUUUGUGUGUUUGUGUGUGUGUGUGUGUGGUUCAGCUGGAAGGGCACUCCCAGACUUUUGCGCUGGUCACUCCAGGCGAUGGGGAGGCCCAUGCUGUUGCUGAGAAACCCAUCAAGACCACUGACACAGAGAAGAAGGUACGGCUGUUGCACUGUACUCCCUAUUACCAUGAUGACAAGUGUGUCUGUGGGAUGAUGAGUGUGCAGGUUGAGGUUGAUGCGAAGCGCCGCCACAUUGGUGCUGCCGAUCCGCCCUUCCUGGCCGGUCUGCCGCUCCUGCCCACGGACGUCGUCCGCGACACCCUCAUGCCCCUCAUCAGCGGCGAGCGCGACACCCCCUCCACCCUCAAGCCACAAAACACGAUCGCCCUCUGCCGGACAUCCGAGGCGGUCAGCAGCGCGCUCGAGGCCGCCCUGGUCGGCGACAUUGACAGCCUGAUCGAGAAGAACGGCCUCACGGGCGUCAUCGGCUACGCCCCGCUGCGCCGGUCGGUCGGCGCCCGUCAUUUGGUGCGCCGACUGCGACUGAUCCGUCUGCACUACCUGAUGGCGACGGGGGGCGACUGGCGGGGCAGCGAGCCGGUGCUGCGGCUGGCCAGGAGCUGUGGACGACUGCAGCAGCUGCCGAUCGAGCUGACGGGUGGCGAUCUGCAGCAGGCGGGCAGCAAGACUGUCUACCUCCGCCGCCCAGAGGCCAUCCGCCAGUAUGGCCUGUACGGCCACCGAUUGGGCGAUGACAUGCAACUGACGUUGGCGGCCGAUGGGCGGGAGAUCCUGGGUGGGUGGUAUGCGGUGGGGGUGCACACACGAUGGACGGUGCCGGCCAGAUAUGCGGCUGGAUUCGAUCCGAAGGAUCCCCCCUGCAUAUGUGAGACAGGGGAGGGAGGCAGGGGAGGGAGGGCAAAGCACCAUAGGAGAAGCAACUUGACAUGGAUGUCAUUUGGCGCUGCGUGUUGAUGUGUCUGCAGGCGAUGGUGACGAGUACGGGACCUUCCGUGGGUUGGUCGUCAAGAGGUAUGCAGCGGCUUAAAUGAGAACACAACACAGCAACGUCUCGCGUGAUUUGCCUUUCCGUUCCUCGCUCCUUCAGGACAUGCUUUGGGUCGUCGCGUCGUGUGCGGGAUGAGGUGUGGGGUCGCCGCACUGCUGAGUAUCGCCGCAUCUGUGCCCUGAUCGCCCAGCAGCCGCCCCUGUGGGGCUGCCGCAUCAUCGACUACACUAGCAGAUUCGGCAGUCCAUAUCGAUUCGUCAUACUGUGUGGCGACAAGGACGGCGACGAGUUCACAUCAACCAUCACGGUGGCCAAGUGGGGUCGUCAGCCGGCAUACAUCGCCCUCCAGACCAGCGAGGAGCCCCAGAGCGGCAGUGAUCUUGCUUCCUCCGUCCCCAGGGCAGUCGACAUCGCCCACGACAAGUUAGGCGGAGCCAUCACAUUACUCCCGGGGCUCGUCGGGUCCCACGCGGGCCCUCCCCCGCCCAACAGCUUUGCCACCGCCUCCUCACUUCCACCUCCUGACGCCCUCCUAGCCUCGGGUAUAUUCGCACACACAGAUGGGGGUGGUGUUUGUGCGUUUCGUGUGGGUGAGGUAGGCUGAUGUGAUGUGUGCGCUGUGUGAUGGUGGUGUGUGUGUAGACGUGCCUCAAGAGGUCGAUGAGCCCGGACGAGGUGGACUCAUCCCCCAAUGUCUUAAAACCCUCAUCCAAUGCAACGGUAUGCUGCAAGAUGCCGCUUCCACUCCAUCUCCCCUCCCCACACCAUUGCCCGCAUCCAUUUGUCUGUUGUGUUGUGUUGUGUGUUGUAUUGCCGUUCGUCGAUCCAUCAGCAUCUCCUCACGACCCCGAUUUCGCCACGAAGGUGUAUCGGAAUACCCUGCAGCUGCUGCGGUCCGACCCGCCAGCCCACGGGGGUCAGAUGGCCGGCAAGGGUCAGGGCAUCAUAUGGGCAUUCCGCCACCCCACCGGCGAGCUCAUCGACAGGCUCAACCUGUGCACCAUGGACGGGCAGCAGCAGCUGUACGUGCUGGCCAAGGAGUUCACGGCCGUCAUGCUGCGCGACCAGGCCAUGCCCAAGGAGUUCCGGGGCAUGGCUGUCGUCAUGGUCAGGGACGGCAUGAGGAACAGGAGAGGGAGUGCGUAUUACACAUACGUCCCUAUACGCAUUGGGGCUAUGUCGUCCCAAUACGCAUUCGCUAUGCACGUCAUCAGAGAGGUCGGACAGCACAGCGCAGCGCACGCACAGGGUGGUUGAUGUGCCUGAGUGUCAUUAUUGGGUGUGUGCGUCAUUGGGGGUGGCUGUGUGUCAGUUCUACGACCGCAUCCACCAGGCGCCCUUGUUGGCCCAGGCGCUGCACGGCAUCAUCUUGGGGCGCGGCAAGCAGCGCGGGGACCUCGACGGCUACGCCCUCCUCAACGACGAUCGCACGGGCAAGCUGCGGGACCUCUUCCAGGACCCUCGCUAUCGGAAACUCGCCACUACACACUUCCCUGCCCUGCCGUAAGCCACCCGACAGACAGACAGACAGACACCACACACAACGACCACAUCGACCAUCACAUGUGUUGUGCUGUGUGUUGUGUUGCGUCGUGGGUGUGUUUGUGUCUGUGUCAGUCCGGGUAUUCAUCCCCCUCCCCCCAGGCACCCUGACCACACCCCCACCGCCGCGCAGGGGCCACCCCCCCAGACACAACAACAACAGCAGCUGCAACAGCAGCAGCAGCAGCAGCAUGCGGCCCCGGUCCACGCCUAG